UCCCAAGGAACCAACCAACAUAAUUUCCAGGGGGUGAUUUUGUUUUUAGAAGAGCUGCUCCCCUCUGUUAGGCCCAGCCAAGUCACAUUUUUGGACGUCUGUGGGCUCUGAUCGUCACCACAGCCCUCCUCUUCCGAGAGACUUCCUUACUCUCUGGAGUGCAUUACCUCAUUUUUUUCUCUUGCUGGUUGUCACCUUAUCCCUGAAAGAAUGAACAGCUUGUAUCAGUUUUUAGCCGCUUAAAAUAUGACCUCUCAGGAAUAUUUGUAAGUGAAAAUAACAAUGGUCCUUACACUACCACAAUAUUUGGUGGUGGGAGUUCUGUUGCAGUUCUGAGCUAUAACAUAGUCAUUUAUUUAUGAGGGAUCUUACAAAUAGUGUGUAAUGGUAUUUAUAUUUGUGAGUGUUGCACUUUUUCUAUAGAUUUAGAGCAACUUUCAGGUUUAUUUCAGUAAUAAUGUCUUUCUCACCUUCUUACGUUGUGAAGUGUUUACUUGAGUCAGGGAGAGAGUUUAAUGGGGUUAUCUGUCGGGGUGCCAUGAAUGCUGAUGAGGACCUGCAGAGCGUGAACGUCAGCCCCAUUGCUAUGGGGGUGGAGGUGGAAAACCUCAGACUUGACAAAUGACCUCUGCUAGAUAGAUGUAUCUUGGAAAUCUAGAAAUUACAGUGAAUAUGGAAUGCCAGUGAGCAGACAGCAUUUCCCACUUUCCUAUCUUACCUUGAGGGUAAGACUUGAGAUAUAUAUAUAUAUGUAUAAAUUUGAAACCUAGAUUCUUCAUUGUUUGAUGUUUGCAGUAUGAUGUAAGGCACAUUUUAUAUCUGAGUCAGUGGUUUCCCUUGGAUUCAUUCUCCUACUUGAUUGAACCCAUUUAAGUCAUUUUAGAAAAUGGUGAUUUGCUAUUAAAAUUAACUGGAGAGAAUACUGAAUGCUGAAUGAACAAAGUAUUGAGCUAAUAAAAAGAAUUAAUAAUUUUCUCCUGUCUAAAUACUCUUAGAAAUUAGUGAAUUUGGAAUGCUGUUCAUUUUUGUCGUAGAUCCUGAUCCCAGUCACCUGUGGAGUUGGUAUCUUUCCGGUCAAGAGGUUUUUCAGGCCUCAGACUUUUAAUGGUGAGGGUUAAAUAGAAGAAUUUGGCGAGGAUUACCCGUCCGUUCUUGUUUAGCUUGCUUUUUGAAACACACAUUCCCCUGAUAUGAAUAAUUUACAUUUCAAGCCCUAAGAGGGACAGAAGGACGCGUUACUCCCUCUUGGGAGCGGGAGUGCUAAAAUCCAAGCAGGCAGCUGCGGGACCGCUAUAGCCGGCCCUGCGCUCGGGCCCUUCCCGGGCAGGAAGCGCGUCGCUGUCCCCGGCUGCGCCCAGGCGGGUGCGGGCGCGCGGGCUCAGCAGCUGCGAACGGCCGGCGCACCGCCUGUUUCCACGCCCGGGGACUUCCCCCGGCGGGGCUCAGAAGUGUGGGGUGGGUCGCUUGGCCUCCCUUGGCGUCAGCGACCCAGGGUAACCUCCUCCACUGCCGCCCGCCGUGCAGGCCUGCCUGGGGGAGAGCCACGGGUGCCGCGCUCUGGGCAUGGCCUUGGAAAGUCAGGACCGCCACGGCAGCAGAGCAGAAACCUUACAGAAACAUGAAGCCCUCAACCAUCUGGAACUCAGAAACUUAUUCGGGGCUGACUGUGGCUUCUAGAACAUCCAGGUGUUCUGCAGAUGCGAGAACUCAUCCUGUAGUCACCAGAUGGAGUCCCAGACAGAUGUAAGGCCUGUGCUGUGGCUCUACAGCCCUCAAUACAGGAGGGUCACUUUCUUAGUGGCCAAAGAGCAGUUAUUGACAUUGAUGUCAAAUUAUUGAACACAACCAGUCAUUUUACCGAGCUGCAGUGAGGAAACACUGACCAUAGAAGAUCAAGCCAAAUUAGGGAUUGCACAUUUCCUGAUUCUUCUGAAUUAGGAUUCCAGAUGGGGGCCUCAUUUCUAUCGCCCCCAACACUCCUAUAGCCGUUAUCACCGCCAUCACCGCUGCCACCAGCAUCUUCUUGCAUACGCCACCUCUGCUCCCCAGAGACUUCCUGCUUUGAAAGGAAGCUGUCAGAAAAGUCUCUAGUGGUGGCUGCCGUCGCUCCAGACAAUCGGAAUCCUGCCUUAACCGCCAUGGGCUGGCUUUUUCUAAAGGUUUUGUUGGCGGGAGUGAGUUUCUCAGGAUUUCUUUAUCCUCUUGUGGAUUUUUGCAUCAGUGGGAAAACAAGAGGCCGGAAGCCAAACUUUGUGAUUAUUUUGGCCGAUGACAUGGGGUGGGGUGACCUGGGAGCAAACUGGGCAGAAACAAAGGACACUGCCAACCUUGAUAAGAUGGCUUCGGAGGGAAUGAGGUUUGUGGAUUUCCAUGCAGCUGCCUCCACCUGCUCACCCUCCCGGGCUUCCUUGCUCACUGGCCGACUUGGCCUUCGCAAUGGAGUCACGCACAACUUUGCAGUCACCUCUGUGGGAGGCCUUCCGCUCAACGAAACCACCUUGGCAGAGGUGCUGCAGCAGGCGGGUUACAUCACUGGGAUGAUAGGCAAAUGGCAUCUUGGACACCACGGCUCGUAUCACCCCAACUUCCGUGGUUUUGAUUACUACUUUGGAAUCCCAUAUAGCCAUGAUAUGGGCUGUACUGAUACUCCAGGCUACAACCACCCUCCUUGUCCAGCAUGUCCACAGGGUGAUGGACCAUCAAGCAACCUUCAAAGAGACUGUUACACUGACGUGGCCCUCCCUCUCUAUGAAAACCUCCACAUUGUGGAACAGCCGGUGAACUUGAGCAGCCUUGCCCGGAAGUAUGCGGAGAAAGCAACCCAGUUCAUCCAGCAGGCAAGCACCAGCGGGAGGCCCUUCCUGCUAUAUGUGGCUCUGGCUCACAUGCACGUGCCCUUACCUGUGACUCAGCUACCAGCAGCCCCACGGGACAGAAGGCUGUAUGGUGCAGGGCUCCGGGAGAUGGACGGUCUGGUUGGCCAGAUCAAGGACAAAGUUGACCACACAGCGAAGGACAACACAUUCCUCUGGUUUACAGGAGACAAUGGCCCAUGGGCUGAGAAGUGUGAGCUAGCGGGCAGUGUGGGUGCCUUCACUGGAGUGUGGCAAGCUCGUCGAGGGGGAAGUCCAGCCAAGCAGACGACCUGGGAAGGAGGGCACCGGGUCCCGGCACUGGCUUACUGGCCUGGCAGAGUUCCAGUUAAUGUCACCAGCACUGCCUUGUUAAGUGUGCUGGACAUUUUUCCGACUGUGGUAGCGCUGGCCCAGGCCAGCUUACCUCAAGGACGGCGCUUUGAUGGUGUGGACGUCUCCGAGGUGCUCUUUGGCCGGUCACAGCCUGGGCACAGGGUGCUGUUCCACCCCAACAGCGGGGCAGCUGGAGAGUUUGGAGCCCUGCAGACUGUCCGCCUGGAGCGUUACAAAGCCUUCUACGUUACCGGUGGAGCCAGAGCAUGUGAUGGGAGCAUCGGGCCUGAGCUGCAGCAUAAGCUUCCUCUGAUUUUCAACCUGGAAGACGAUAUCGCAGAAGCUGUGCCUCUAGAAAGAGGUGGUGCGGAGUACCAGGCCGUGCUGCCCAAGGUCAGAAAGGUUCUUGCAGACGUCCUUCAAGACAUUGCCAAUGACAACAUCUCCAGUGCAGAUUACACCCAGGACCCUUCAGUAACUCCCUGCUGCAAUCCCUACCAAGUUGCCUGCCGCUGUCAAGCCCCAUAACAGACAAGGAGGAAUAUCUGGGAAUUAGGCAAGUUUGUUUCCAAACUUCAUUUUUACCCUCUUUACAAACACACGCUUUAGUUUAGUCUUGGAAUUUGGUUUUGGAGUUAGCCUUGCAUAUCCCCUCUGUAUCCUGUCCCUCCUCCACGCUGGCCUGAGAGCAGCUGAGCCGUGCUGGCUCUGGGCAGGGAGUGUGCCCUAAUGGGAAGCACACGGGCUUUGGAGUCAGGCACAGGUGCCGGCUGCAGCUUUUGAACUUGGGCAAUUGUUUAACCUAACCUGCAAGUUGAUUUUGAGGGUUAAAUAAAGGCAUACAUGAAAAUGCCUGGCACGUUACCUGACACAGAACAGAUAUUCGAUACAUUUUAGUUUCGUUGUUUCUCUGGUUCCCAGUGUCUCUGGUCAUUUUCGUGUAAAUCCAUUCUAAUUAGUAUCUAGGGCAGAGCUUCUCUAUUUUUUUUUUCCUUCCACACACCAGUGUACUCACUGGUCUCCAUCUUUAACAUGCAAACAAAUCACCUAGGAUCUUGUGAGAAUCUGGAUUCUGUCUCAGUAGGUCUCGAGUGGAGCCUGAAAUCCUACAUUUCUAGCAAACAGUGCACAGAUUUAGACCAAAGUUAGGUCGCUUUCCAGAUCUCAGAGCAGACGAGUCCAUGGGUAAGUCUGUGGCCCAAUCCCCUUCCUCUCCUUUUAAGGGUGAAACGAUUGUAUUUAAAAGAUGUUAAAGAGUUCUUCCUGUCCCCUAUUACCACGAGGAAAUAAAAAAAUAUUAAAACCUCAAAAA